AUGACCCACUAUAGAAGAUAUUUUGUCAUUUCUUGGAGGUGCUCCAUGAUGUGCAUUUUCUUGAUGGGCUCCAUCUGUUUUCUAGGGAUAUAUUUGUUUUUCAUUCCUAAGACUUUUAAUUACUUUGCUGUUUUAGCAAAAAUCAAAGUUAAAGAAAACACUGAUUUGAGUUCAAUGAAAAGAUCUGUAUUUCCUACCAAAGAAUAUGGCAAACCUGAGACAGCAAAAAAAGACAUUUCCUUCAGAAGCAAUGUUUCUAGCUUCAAACAAUUCUUGCUAAACAGGAAGGUAGGGGGACUAACUGUAAAUGCAGCUCCAUUUGCUAGUGAACUCAAUUACAUUCAGUCCUUUAGGUUUGUUAUUAAUGAAAGUGAUAUAUGUAAGGAAAUAACUCCUUUUUUAAUACUAUUAAUAGCAACCAAAGCUGAUCAAAAGCAGCACAGGGAAGCCAUCAGGAAAACCUGGGGAAAUGAAUCUGUGGUUCCAGGAAUAAAGAUUGUUCGCUUAUUUAUGUUGGGUGCUAGCGACAAAGAGCAAAAUGAAGCCCUACUGAGGGAAAGCAGUCAAUAUCAUGACAUCAUUCAACAAGACUUUCUGGACACCUACAAGAACCUAACUCUUAAAACCAUGAUGGGCUUGAAGUGGGUUGCCACCUACUGUGGUGAUGCAAAUUUUGUCAUGAAAACAGACAGUGAUGUUUUUGUUAAUACAGAAUAUUUAAUACAAAGGCUCCUAAAACCACUUAUGCCUCCUUCACAGUAUUAUUUCACUGGCAACCUUAUAAGAAAUGGUCAACCUCAUCGAAAUCGUGAAAGCAAAUGGUACAUGCCAAAGGAAGUCUACUCCACUGAGCGGUACCCUGAUUUUUGUUCAGGAACUGGGUAUGUUUUAUCAGGAACCCUGGCUGCAAAAAUUGUCAAGGCAUCUUUAAAAGUAAAGUAUAUAUACUUGGAAGAUAUUUAUGUAGCUCUUUGUCUUGAACAAGAGGGAAUUAAUAUGGUACCCCCACCUAAAAACUAUUUGUUUAAUCUAUAUAAAGUCCCAUUUUCUCCUUGCACAUACAGCAGACUGAUUACCUCCCAUGGAAUUAAUCCAGAUGAACAGAUAACAUACUGGGAAACAUUGCAAAGUAACAAAAAUGUCUGUAGUAAAUAA